ACCCUUCGGUCUUUCCUCUCGGUCAUCUUCUACAAAUCUUCAUUUCAUUGCCAAUCAUCACACUCUUUCCUCGUCAUGGUUGUUUUCCCGUCUAUUGCUGCUGUAGCAGCCGUCUCGGCGACCUUGCUUUCUUUAGUUUCCGGCUCACCUAUUGGUCCCGAAAACUCAAUUGAAGCGCGCCAAAACAACUACUAUGUGCUUCAGGCAAUGACAGACGGUGGAGUUCAAACUCGACUCGAUAUCAGGGAAAUGGAGCGUAACCCUGCAUAUAAGGAAGUUUGGACUUUGUUCAUUCUUGCGCUUGAGCGAUUCAAGGCCAUGGAUCAACAAACCAAGACUAGUUUCUAUGGAGUAGCAGGCAUCCACGGAAGGCCUUAUGUGUCUUGGGACGGUAUACCUUCCUGGUCCGAUGGCUGGGAAUCUCAAUACGGAUACUGCCAUCACGGAGGGCAACUAUUUGCCAUGUGGCACCGACCAUACCUUAUGCUCUAUGAGAAACUCAUUUAUGAGCAAGCUUUGACAAUCGUCAACGAAAUCACGGAUACCAAUGUGAAGGCCAAAUGGCGCACCGCUGCAUCCAAGUUUCGUUUACCGUACUGGGAUUGGGCUAUGAAAGCCCCUUCUGGAGAGCAUAUCAUGCCGACAUCCAUUGCGGACGAGAAUCUGUCAAUCACAUACCCCAACGGCACUACUAAAAGCAUUGCCAACCCUCUGUACAACUAUUCUAUCCUUAUGACAAGUGGCCGAGCACACUGCGCAAUCCUACGAGACCCGAUAACGACGUCAAUGCAAAGACCAACAAAACCGAGAUGCACGAAUGGCUCGAUGAGGGUAGAGACUUCUCGGCUAGUGGUAUCUACAGAGUCAUGAGCC